AGCCGGUUUUAUCCCGUAUUCCCGCACCCCCGCGGUGUCCCGGCCGGUUUUAUCCCGUUUUCCCGCACCCCCGCGGUGUCCCGGCCGGUUUUAUCCCGUUUACCCGCACCCCGCGCUCGGGACCCGCCGCCCCUCACGGCUCGGGGCGCGCACGGACACAGCGCGGCGGGCGGUGCUGCGGCCCCGCUCCCAAUAGGCUCCGAGGGCGCAGACGUGAUUUGUAUCGCGGGUUCUGAUUGGCUGGAGCUGGCGAGGGGCCGCCUCCCCUCGCCCCCGCUGCGCGGCGGAGGGUUCCGGUCGGAGGGCGGUGCCGCUGCGGCCGGGCACCGCCAGGCGGCGCUGGCGGCGCGGCCGGCCGUGAUUGACAGGGCGGGGGCGGGCACACGCGGGCUCCGCGGAGCGCCAUUGGCGGAUUGUGCCGAGGGGGCGGGACGGCUCGCGGCGAUUGGCGGAGCGGGGCGCUCCCCCCGCGGGGCGGGCGCUCCCCCCGCGCUCCGGCAGUGCGGGAGCGGCGCUGGGGCGAGCGCGGCGCCCGUUCCUCCCGGCCGGCCUCGCUCUCCUCCCUCCCCUUCUCCCCUCCCUCCGUUCCCUCCCUCGCCCUUCCCGCUCCGUUCCCGGCAGCGGGGGGGUCUCCAGGCCUCGGUGGAGGCGGCGAUGGGGAUGGCCGGGUUUUUGUCGCUGCGCUGCCCCGCCGGCUGCUGACGCCGCACCGCCCGGGUCCCGCGGACACCCCGCGCCAGAAAACGCCAACAGGAAGGAUAACUUGGAAGGCUCUUGAUCACUUUCAGUUCCUUGAGUGUACUACCAGCAGCCAGGAUGUCGGGGGCUUCAGUGAAGGUGGCUGUUCGGGUCCGGCCCUUCAAUUCCCGAGAAACCAGCAAGGAGUCCAAAUGCAUCAUCCAGAUGCAAGGCAAUUCAACCAGUAUUAUCAACCCAAAGAAUCCUAAGGAAGCACCAAAGUCCUUCAGCUUUGACUACUCUUAUUGGUCCCACACAUCGCCUGAAGAUCCCUGCUUUGCAUCUCAGAGCCGUGUGUACAAUGAUAUUGGGAAGGAGAUGCUCCUGCACGCCUUUGAGGGCUACAACGUGUGCAUCUUUGCCUAUGGCCAGACUGGAGCUGGGAAAUCCUACACCAUGAUGGGCAAGCAGGAGGAGAGCCAAGCAGGCAUCAUUCCCCAGCUAUGUGAAGAGCUGUUUGAGAAAAUCAAUGACAACAGCAAUGAGGAAAUGUCAUAUUCUGUAGAGGUGAGUUACAUGGAGAUUUACUGUGAGAGAGUCAGAGACUUGUUGAACCCGAAGAACAAAGGGAACUUGCGGGUGCGAGAACAUCCUCUCCUUGGACCCUACGUGGAAGAUCUGUCCAAGUUAGCAGUCACAUCUUACACAGACAUUGCAGACCUCAUGGAUGCUGGGAACAAAGCCAGGACUGUGGCAGCCACCAACAUGAAUGAAACCAGCAGCCGCUCUCAUGCUGUGUUUACAAUUGUCUUUACUCAGAAGAAACAUGACACAGAAACUGACCUUUCCACAGAGAAGGUCAGCAAGAUCAGCCUGGUGGAUCUGGCUGGGAGUGAGCGAGCUGACUCCACCGGUGCCAAAGGAACGCGGCUAAAGGAAGGAGCAAAUAUAAACAAGUCUCUCACAACUCUGGGCAAAGUUAUUUCAGCAUUGGCUGAAGUGAGCAAAAAGAAGAAGAAGACAGACUUCAUACCCUACAGGGAUUCUGUACUAACAUGGCUUCUUCGAGAAAAUCUAGGUGGUAACUCCAGAACUGCAAUGGUCGCUGCUCUCAGUCCAGCAGACAUAAACUACGAUGAAACUUUGAGCACUUUAAGAUAUGCUGAUCGUGCAAAGCAGAUCAAAUGCAAUGCUGUUAUCAAUGAAGAUCCCAACGCCAAGCUGGUGCGGGAGCUGAAGGAGGAGGUGACAAGGCUCAAGGAUCUCCUGCGUGCUCAAGGGCUGGGAGAUAUUAUUGACAUUGAUCCAAUGGGAGAUGAAUACUCUGGAAGUGGAGGCAAAUAUCUGAAAGAUUUUCAGAACAAUAAGCAUAGAUACUUGCUAGCCUCCGAGAAUCAACGUCCUGGCAAUUUUUCCACAGCCUCCAUGGGGUCCCUCACUGCAUCUCCAUCCUCCUGCUCUCUCAGUAGUCAGGUGGGCUUAACAUCUGUGUCCAGUAUACAGGAAAGAAUCAUGUCAACACCUGGAGGAGAAGAGGCCAUUGAGCGUUUGAAGGAGUCUGAGAAGAUCAUUGCAGAGCUGAAUGAAACAUGGGAAGAGAAACUGAGGAAAACAGAGGCCAUUAGGAUGGAAAGGGAGGCAUUGUUGGCAGAAAUGGGUGUUGCCAUUCGGGAAGAUGGAGGAACACUGGGAGUCUUCUCACCCAAAAAGACUCCUCAUCUUGUAAACCUUAAUGAAGAUCCACUCAUGUCUGAAUGUCUGCUGUACUACAUCAAAGAUGGCAUUACAAGGGUUGGCCAGGCUGACGCAGAGCGGCGCCAGGACAUCGUGCUGAGCGGGGCUCACAUCAAGGAGGAGCACUGCGUCUUCCGCAGCGAGAGGAACAACAACGGGGAAGUUAUUGUAACUUUGGAGCCUUGUGAACGAUCAGAAACCUACGUGAAUGGCAAGAGGGUUGUGCAGCCUGUGCAGUUGCGCUCAGGAAAUCGUAUCAUCAUGGGUAAAAAUCAUGUCUUCAGAUUCAACCACCCAGAGCAAGCACGAGCAGAAAGAGAGAAAACACCAUCAGCUGAGACUCCCUCAGAGCCAGUUGACUGGACAUUUGCUCAGAGGGAGCUUCUGGAGAAGCAGGGCAUUGACAUGAAGCAGGAGAUGGAGAAAAGAUUACAAGAAAUGGAGAUCUUAUAUAAGAAAGAGAAGGAGGAAGCUGAUCUCUUGUUGGAGCAGCAAAGACUGGACUAUGAGAGCAAACUGCAGGCCCUGCAGAAGCAGGUGGAGACACGGUCCUUGGCAGCUGAAACAACAGAGGAGGAGGAAGAGGAGGAGGAAGAAGUGCCCUGGACACGCCAUGAAUACGAACUCGCCCAGUGGGCUUUCAGGAAGUGGAAAUUCCACCAGUUCACUUCCCUGAGGGACCAGCUCUGGGGAAAUGCAGUGUACCUGAAGGAAGCCAAUGCAAUCAGUGUAGAGUUAAAGAAAAAGGUGCAGUUCCAGUUCGUGCUGCUCACGGACACGCUGUACUCCCCGCUGCCCCCGGAGCUGCUGCCCGCGGAGCCGGAGAAGAGCCGGGAGCGCCGGCCUUUCCCCCGCACCGUGGUGGCCGUGGAGGUGCAGGACCUGAAGAACGGAGCAACGCACUACUGGUCCUUAGAAAAACUCAAGCAGAGGCUGGAGCUGAUGCGGGAGAUGUACGACCGCGCGGGGGAAGUGGCCUCCGGCAGCCAGGACGAGCCCGAGGGCUCCAUGACCGGCAGCGACCCCUUCUACGACCGCUUCCACUGGUUCAAGCUCGUGGGCAGCUCCCCCAUUUUCCACGGCUGCGUCAACGAGCGCCUGGCCGAUCGCACGCCCUCCCCCACUUUCUCCACGGCCGACUCCGACAUCACUGAACUGGCAGAUGAGCAGCAGGAUGAGAUGGAGGACUUUGAUGAUGAGGCCUUUGUGGAUGACACUGGCUCCGACGUUGGGACUGAGGAGGGAUCAGAUCUCUUCAAUGAUGGGCGCGACCCGUUUUACGACCGAUCCCCUUGGUUCAUUUUAGUGGGAAGAGCAUUCGUGUACCUGAGCAACCUGCUGUACCCAGUGCCCCUGAUCCACAGGGUGGCCGUGGUCAGCGAGAAGGGCGAGGUGCGGGGCUUCCUGCGCGUGGCUGUGCAGGCCAUAGCAGCUGAUGAAGAAGCCCCAGAUUAUGGGUCUGGUAUUCGACAGUCUGGGACAGCUAAAAUUUCAUUUGACAAUGAGUAUUUUGAUAAGAGUGAUUUUUCUUCAGUUGCGAUGACUCGGUCUGGUCUGUCACUGGAGGAGUUAAGGAUUGUGGAAGGGCAAGGACAGAAUUCAGAGGUUACCACUCCUCCAGAGGAGAUCAACAGAAUGAAUGAGCUGGACUUGAAGUCAGCCACUUUGGAUGGAAAGAUGACUAUGGAAGGAUUCACUGAGGAAAUUGGUGAUCACCUGAAGCUGGGCAGUGUGUUUACCUUCCGUGUGACAGUGCUUCAGGCCAGUGGCAUCCUGCCCGAAUAUGCAGACAUUUUCUGCCAGUUCAACUUUUUACAUCGACAUGAUGAAGCUUUCUCCACAGAACCUCUCAAAAACAAUGGCAGAGGGACUCCCCUUGGGUUUUACCACGUUCAGAAUAUUGCUGUGGAAGUGACAGAAUCGUUUGUGGAGUACAUCAAAACAAAGCCUAUUGUCUUUGAAGUCUUUGGACAUUAUCAGCAGCAUCCUCUCCACCUGCAAGGACAGGAUCUCAACAGCCCUCCACAGCCUUCUCGAAGAUUCUUUCCUCCCCCUAUGCCACUGUCAAAGCCAGACCAUGAAAGGAAGAUAGAGUUGAUUAGGUACCUUAUGUCUGGCUAUGUAAACGUGCACGUGCUGAACACGCUGUCCGAGCAUGCCAACGUGCUGGCCUCCUCUGCCGUGGCUGCUUUCCAGGAUGGAGCUGACCAGCUGCCACCUUUCCUCUUUCUGCCUGUUCCCAGUUGUCAGAGUGAGCGGGCUCCUAAGCGAGAUGUGCCAGCUACAAAGCUGAAUACUAUGAGCAAGCCCAGCUUGGGCCAGAGUGUGAGCAAAUACGACCUCCUGGUGUGGUUUGAGAUCAGUGAACUGGAGCCAACAGGGGAGUACAUCCCUGCCAUCGUGGAUCACACGGCGGGCCUGCCCUGCCAGGGCACCUUUCUGCUGCACCAGGGAAUCCAGAGGAGAAUCACAGUCACCAUCAUCCAUGAGAAGGGCAGUGAGCUGCACUGGAAAGACGUGCGAGAGCUCGUGGUUGGGCGUAUAAGAAAUAAAGCAGAGGUAGAUGAAGCUGCUGUGGAUGCCAUUCUGUCUUUGAAUAUUAUCUCUGCAAAAUACCUGAAGUCCUCUCACAGCUCCAACAGGACUUUCUACCGGUUCGAGGCCGUUUGGGAUAGUUCCUUGCACAACUCCCUCCUCCUCAAUCGAGUGACACCGUAUGGAGAGAAGAUCUACAUGACCCUUUCUGCCUACCUGGAGCUGGACCACUGCAUCCAGCCUGCUGUGAUCACAAAGGAUGUCUGCAUGGUGUUCUACUCCCGCGACGCCAAGAUCUCCCCGCCGCGCUCCCUGCGCAGCCUCUUUGGCAGCGGCUACUCCAAGUCCCCAGACUCCAAUCGAGUAACUGGGAUCUAUGAACUGAGUUUAUGCAAAAUGUCAGACACAGGAAGUCCAGGAAUGCAGAGGAGGAGGAGGAAAGUCCUGGAUACUUCUGUGGCAUAUGUGAGGGGAGAAGAGAACCUGGCAGGUUGGAGGCCCAGGGGUGACAGCCUCAUUCUAGAGCAUCAGUGGGAACUGGAGAAACUGGAACUGCUGCAUGAGGUGGAAAAAACCCGACAUUUUCUUCUGCUUCGUGAGAAGCUUGGUGACAGCAUCCCCAAGUCCCUGAGUGACUCGUUGUCUCCCAGCCUGAGCAGUGGAACCCUCAGCACCUCCACCAGCAUCUCCUCUCAGAUUUCAACCACGACCUUCGAGAGCGCGGUGACGCCCAGCGAGAGCAGCGGCUACGACUCCGCGGACAUCGAGAGCCUGGUGGACCGGGAGAAGGAGCUGGCCACCAAGUGUCUGCAGCUUCUUACUCAUACCUUCAAUCGGGAAUUCAACCAGGUGUACAACAGCAUCAGCGACUGUAAGCUCUCGGACAUUUCCCCGCUUGGGCGGGACCCGUCCGUGUCCAGUUUCAGCAGUGCCACCCUCACCCCUUCAUCCACCUGCCCUUCCCUGGUGGACUCCAGGUGCAACUCAGUUGAUCAGAAGACACCAGAAGCAAAUUCUCGUGCCUCCAGUCCCUGUCAUGAGGUGGAGCAGUUCCAGAUAAUUCCUGCAGUAGAAACUUCCUACCUUGCCAGAGCUGGAAAGAACGAGUUCCUAAACCUGGUUCCUGAUAUUGAGGAAAUCAGACCAGGCUCUGUGGUGUCAAAGAAGGGAUACCUCCACUUCAAGGAGCCACUCUCCAGCUCCUGGGCCAAGCACUUCGUGGUGGUUCGCCGUCCCUAUGUUUUUAUUUACAACAGUGACAAAGAUCCUGUAGAAAGGGGACUCAUAAACUUAUCCACAGCUCAGGUGGAAUACAGCGAGGAUCAGCAGGCCAUGGUGAAGACACCCAACACGUUUGGAGUGUGCACGAAGCACCGCGGGGUCCUGCUCCAGGCCAUCAAUGACAAGGACAUGAACGACUGGUUGUACGCCUUCAAUCCUCUCCUUGCUGGCACCAUCCGGUCAAAGCUGGCUCGGAGACGCACGGGCCAGAUGAAGUACUGAGUCCAUGAAAUGUUCUCAUCUGUCCUCCCCACUCACCUUCCCACAGAUAGUGUUACCUCUCAUUUUCUCUUCGUGAUUCUUGACGGUUUCUCUUGUAUGUAAUCCUGUGGCUUAACAUCCCCCCCUUCCCCACUCCUUCAGCACAUUUUCUAGGUAUUCUAACCCUACCUUGUUUCUUUUCACCUGUACCUGAAUUGUACUAGUAGCAUGUGGCCAAACAAAAAGAGAAAGAAAAAAAAAAUCAAAAAAAGUGAUUAUGCACGACUCUAAAAAGAAAAAAAAAAAUUUCCUAUAACAAUUGUUUUCCCAUUUCAACUGACCUUUUGGUGUCUGUCCCACUGUCCACUGUCUGUCUGGACUGCUACAGGGUUUUCAUUCAAUUUGUGACUUGGCAGUGGUCAUUGGUUCCCUCAGGGCAAAGUUCCAACGCCAGGGAAAGAUAAAUUGUUUAAUGGAGACGUUACCCAGCCAGGAACUGCAAUAGCUCCUCAGGCUUUCUGGAUCCAGCCUCGAAGUUAAACUCUGGUGAAAGCUGAUAUUGGACAAAUCUAUCUGGACAGACUGGAUUUUGGACUUUGUGCAAGUUUCUGAGUUUCCAGGGUCCAGCAGGCUAAGGCAUGAGCUAGGAAAAGGUAGGGAACAAACCAGGAGGGGCUGGCAGAACAAUCUGCCUUUAAACUCCUGCUGUGGGGGCUGCAGGUGAACAGUGCUUGGGUUUAACUCUUUCCCAGAAGAGUUUCCAUCCACAUGCACUCCUCAGCCUCUGACCUGGGCUGAGCAGACUGUGCUGGUAUGAGGGGAAACAGACCACAGACUGAAAUAUGAGAGAAAAUCCCGAGAAUUUCAGAUGCUCAAGCCAGGUAUUUGACAGAUGGGGAGUGUUAAAUGGAAAUGAAAGUGCAGUUGGUCCCUGGAUCACCAUGGAGGGCAGAUCCCCUCUUCCUGCUUUUAGUCCUGACUUCCAUGAUCUGCAGGAACAGUUCUCACCUCCCUUGGCUGUGUCAGGGUAGCAGCUGUGCAGCACUGAUCCCAAGGGUCUGUUUGUGCAUCCCUGACCUGCAGUGCUCCCGUGUCACCCCAGCUGUCCCUGGCAGCACCCAGGGUCUGUGGAACACUUCCCGGGCCCAGCACCUGCAGUGUUCUCCAGGGAGCUGCAGGACACUUUCAAUUCCUUUUGAAACAACUGCUGAGUGUCUCCUCAUUUCCCUGCUGCAAUUUUCAUCAGCUAAACCCCACUGCAUUCAGUUAACCCUUCUGGAGAACAGAGCAAGUGGAUCUGGUCUGGUCAGUGGAAUGUCAUGAUUGGCUUCUUGGACAUCAGCUGGGUGGUGUCAGUUCUUGACCUGCAGUGUAAGUUCUUGUGGCCAAAGCUUUGGUCCUUGCCCCAAGAAAGAGGAGCAGAAUGAAUUUCCUUUGGGGGAAGUGAACUCCUGUCUCUCAGUCAGGUGUUGGGGGUGUUGUGUGCUCUUUCCUGCUGUGUUAUCCUUCCUUGCUGCACCCAGGGCACUGAUGGGGCUGGCUCUGGUCCUGGGCAGUGUAAAGGGAUUUCAUCUGGAGCUCCAGCCUCGCCAGGGAGAGGUGAAAGGCUUUGUCCCUCUCCUGCAGUGGCACAGCAGGCUCAUUUGGGGGCAGGCCACGCGUGCGUGGGACUGGAACCUGCUGAGGAAGGGCUUUGCUUUGUGGGUUCGUGUUCAGAGCAGGGCAGUGCAGUGAGACCUCCUAGCAGGAGGAGGGCAAAGGAGCAGGGAGAUGGAGGCUGACCAUACCUUCACAUAUCUGGAGGUAGUUCUCAGCAGCUCACAUGCUCAUGCUGUCUCUGUGGUCCUCAGAUUUAUUUCAGAACUGGAAGCCAGAGUGAGGGAGCAUCCUGGGGACCCAGGAACAUGAUAGGGAUAGGGUUUGGGUUUUUUUUUUUUUUUUCCUUCUGUUUUUGUCUUGUUUAACUGUGUGUGACUCUUGAUACAGUGGUGAUAUUCCUUUGUUAUGCAAUGAUGAUAAAGCACUUCCAGUGUGUGGAUAAAACUGCUUGUCCUGCAGGAGGGCUCCUCACACUGCAGCUAAGCUGAUCUCAAGAAUUAGGUUAAUUCUAAGCAUUAAGUUAUUGCUGCCAUCACCACUGUUUAUAAUGACAGUGGAACCUGUUUGAGGAGGCAGAGUGAUUGAGGUGGUGGUAGGUUGUGACACACUGAGAGCAUUUUAACUUUUAUCUGUUUCUUUUUUUUAACUAGAAAAAAACUAGUUUUCUAAGUCUUUGCUUUGGAUAAGCCAGAGAAUGAACCAAGUGGUUAUAGGCAUUGCACAAAAUCAUGAUUAAGGGAUCUUCCUUUAAAAGCAGGAAGAGACAGAUGCUUAUUUUAUAGAGAGCUUGAAGUGUUGCAUAAAUGUCACUCUUCUAUCUUAAAACUCCAAGCAAAUUCUGGAGGCUUGAGGUCUGAGUGGAUAGUGGAUCAUCAGCACAGCAAAAUUCUGGUUUUAAGCAGCAGCAUCUCUUAAAGCUGCAUAAUCUGUAACAAACUGGGUCCUUGUUGUGUGGAGUUCAAAUGGGCAUUUCUGUUUUCAGGUCUGACAUAAAGGCAAAGUUCUUUUGCAAUUACUGAAGUCUGCUUUGAGACAUUUGGGUUUCCCUACUUAAAACUGGACUGAGACCAGCCCAAGUUUUCUUUAAAGAGAUAACAAACCAAACAAAUAAACAAAUAUAAAAAGUGAAUUUCCAUUCAUUUCAAAGCUUAGCCCAACAUGUUAGAAAUUUCUUUUUGGAAGCAGAAUGAGGAAGGAAAAAUAUGCUAAGUUGCCUUCUGCUGACACUCCAGAGGCCAUUCUUGGUUACCUGCUGUGUGUGUGAGUCCCAGAGUCAGCCAGCUCUGGGGCUCAGCCUCUCCAGAUGAGACAGCCUGCUGUGGGCCUGCCAGCCCGUGGGGACACGCAGCAGCAGGGAGCUUGGUGGGCAUUCCCUGGAGGAGCGAGGCAGACUGGGCUGUAUUUGGGAUUUUAUGCUCCUCACCAAAAGGAAGGAGAAAACUGUCCUUUUUGUACAUUGAAAAUUAUGUUGGAUCUUCCUGGGCAUUGUAAAAUGAAGCUAAACCUCCUAUGCUGUGUUUUAGAAAUGCACUUGAAGUACCUUUUUAAAGAGGAUUCUGUAUUCUGGGAAUACGGAGGAGAAGGGAGUACUGUUUCCAGAGAGUGUGAUUUCCAGACUGCCAGGAAAAGGUUUUUUGUGUCAAUGUCUAAUAGUCCUUAUUACUGAUUAACAUGGUAUUUCAAAGCAAAGACUUUACUUUUUGCUGCUUGUUAUCUAAUUUACAGGGAUUUAAUUUUAUGUAAUGUAUUGUAUAUUUAUACAUCUGUAAUUAAUUGCACAUUAGAUAAGAAAGAGGAUUAGCUUCGGUCUAACACCCACUGGUACUAAACUGCCUGUGCACGUGGGUCUGCCUGGGCUCCUGCCCAGCAGAGCUGGGGCAGCUGGUGCUGUGCUGGGUGUUGUGCUGAGGAUGCAGCUCUGACCUGCUGGAGGAGGAAGGGUCCUGCUGCUGGCUGUCCCUGCAGCGGCUCCGACGCGUGCGUUGAUCUCUCCGUGUAGUCACUAACCCAGUCUGUGCUCUGGCUGUAGUGUCUGUAGCAGGAUCUCUUAACUUCGUGCUUCCUUGUUUCAAAACAUCAGCUGCUCAAGAGCAGGACUGACUUUUGUUCAGAAGGCCAUUUAUGUGUUCCGUGUAUUUGAAAUCAAAACUAGUCCAACACUAACCAGAUGGUUGUGUCCAAUGUCAUUGGGAACAGGAUUCCAAUUGCUGGGGUCAGCUGUGAAUUCAGAAAACUGGUGUGGAGCUCCUGAGUCUUCAGUUCUUGAUGUUGCCAGGUGAAGGGGCUGCCCCUGAGCAGGGCUGAAUUCACCUCUUGCUUGCCUGGGAACCAGGGACUGCAAGCAGAGGGAGUCUUGAAUGAUCAGCACUUGCCGGGAUCAGGUCUGAGUUUUCCACUUUGCUUGUUCAUAUUUCAUGUGCAGUUGGUCAUGGCUCCCGAAUUUGGACAUCAGACAUCCCUUGGAAUUGCAGUCCCCACGUCCCUGUUAAUCUCUGUACACAAGGUAUACAAGGUAAAUGCUGUAUAAGUGGCCUUCUUGAACAAAUCUCUUUGCAAACUGACUUCAUCCCAGCGAAGGAGUGUAUCAGCAACACUGUACAUUAAUUUCAGGUUUUCAUUUUCUUAUUUUAUUUUGUAAAUAUAUCCGAUAUUUGGAGCUUGAGUAUACAAAAUGUAAAUAUAGUUCAUGUAUUUGUACUAAUUCUGAUCCAUUUGCUGUAUAGCCUUAGGUGUGCAAUGCAGAUAUCUAACUGUGUAUGGUAACCUUGCACCACUGAAUUGUUAGUGAACGAGGUGAAACAAUAAAGGUACAACCAGUGCAUUAGCAGACAGAA